ACUCCCGGUGUGAUGCGGUUGCGUUCACGGACCGCGUGAAAUGACGCGAUGAGGAAUGGUAGCAUACUUUUUGUCUUCUUCAUUUGUCCAGUUUUCGUUUUCGGAAGGAAUGAAUUGAUCUUUUAAGCUCGAAGCUUCAACUCGUGAAUAAUGUACAGACUUGCAAGGGCAACCGCGCUCGAAGGCAUCAUCUUCCGGUUGUCUGCUGUUCAUACGCAGAUAUGAGACGAUAGAUCCGAGGCGUGCCGACGGCGACGCUAAGCUAGGAAGGUCAAAGUGCUCCGCGCCUUCCGCGCGUGCAAAAGACACACGAUGCUACUGACGGUUGCGCACAAGGCUGUACAAUCACAACAAGGGGCCUGGGAAUAACCUUUCACAGUAGGCACGUCGUCGCUGAGCCGGCGUAUCUGGUUCUCGUCUGCUAUCGCGGGACGCAAAAGCGAUCAUGACCGCAGUUAUUGUCCGCCGGCUGGCUGCUCUCUCCGGGGCUUCGGCGGUGGCACUUGGGGCCUACGGGGCGCAUGGUUUUAAACAUAGCGACCCCGAUGAUUAUCAGAGAGCGCUCUUCGAAACGGCCAACCAGUACCACUUCUACCACAGCCUGGCCCUUCUGGGUGCCGCCCGCUCGGGCAAACCUGCUGUGGCCGGCAGCCUUCUGAUCGCCGGCAUCGGGAUGUUCUGCGGGUCGCUGUACCACCAGGCCGUGACGGGGGACCCCGGUCUUCGCAAGCUGGCCCCCGUGGGAGGCGUGGCGAUGAUCGCAGGCUGGCUGGCGAUCAUCCUCUGACCUGCUGUGCGCGCGCGUUUAUCUUGGAGUAAACUUUGCGGAUCCAGCUAUAGCUACUUUGUGGAAUAAUAAUCAUAGGAAAAACAAAAAAAAAGUCUUCGUCAAAUGAGCAAAAGCUUUUUAUUUCAUCGAUUCAACUGAAUGUGCUCGUCGAAAUUUCCAUCAAGAUGUCGCCACAUUUAAUAGUCACUUGAAGUCUUUCAAUAAACAUCUUCAAUAAAAGCUCAUCCAUACCAUUGGAAUGCAACUCUU